CAAAUUAUUUUUUUUCACGAUCAUACCCUUAUUAUCUUAAUUAUAAUUACUAUCUUAGUAGGAUAUUUAAUAACAAAUUUAUUUUUUAAUAAAUUCAUUAACCGAUACCUCCUAGAAGGACAAAUAAUUGAAUUAAUCUGAACAAUCCUUCCAGCAAUUACUUUAAUUUUUAUUGCACUUCCAUCAUUACGUUUAUUAUAUUUACUUGAUGAAUUAAAUAACCCCUUAAUUACUUUAAAAACUAUUGGACAUCAAUGAUAUUGAUCCUAUGAAUAUUCAGACUUCAAUAAUAUUGAAUUUGAUUCUUAUAUAAUUUCAAGAAGAGAUUUAUCUCUCAAUAAUUUUCGAUUAUUAGACGUUGAUAAUCGAAUUAUUCUUCCUAUAAAUAAUCAAAUUCGAAUUCUAGUAACAGCAACAGAUGUAAUUCACUCCUGAACUAUCCCAUCUUUAGGUGUAAAAGUAGAUGCAAAUCCAGGUCGAUUAAAUCAAACUAGAUUCUUUAUUAAUCGACCAGGAAUUUUUUAUGGUCAAUGUUCAGAAAUUUGUGGAGCUAAUCAUAGUUUUAUACCAAUUGUUGUUGAAAGAAUUUCAAUUAAAAAUUUUAUUAAUUGAAUUAAUAAUUAUUCUUCAUUAAAUAACUUAAAGCAAGUACUGGUCUCUUAAACCAUUUUAUAGUAAAUUAGCGAUUACUUUUAAUGAAAGAAUUAGUUAAACUCAUAACAUAAAUAUGUCAAAUUUAAAUUAUUACAUUAAAUAGUAAUAUUCUUUUAUUCCACAAAUAAUACCAAUUAACUGAUUAUUCUCUUUUUUUUUCUUUAUUACUAUUUUUAUUAUUUUUAAUAUUAUAAAUUACUACGUUUAUAACAUUAACAACAAUAAUAAAAUUAAUAAAAAAAAAAAUAUUAUUAAUAAUUUAUCCUGAAAAUGAUAAGUAAUCUAUUUUCAAUUUUUGAUCCUUCAACAAAUAUUUUCAAUUUAUCUUUAAAUUGAUUAAGAACAUUUAUUGGAUUAUUAUUUAUUCCUUAUUCAUUCUGAUUAAUCCCUAAUCGAUAUUAUGUAUUUUGAAAUUUCAUCUUUAAUAAACUUCAUAAUGAAUUUAAAACUCUUUUAGGAAAUAACCCCUUAUUCAAUAAUUUCACAUUAAUUUUUAUUUCAAUAUUUUCAUUUGUACUAUUUAAUAAUUUCUUAGGAUUAUUCCCUUAUAUUUUUACAAGAACUAGUCAUUUAACUUUAUCUUUAUCAUUAUCAUUACCUUUAUGAUUAAGAUUUAUAUUAUAUGGUUGAAUCCACAAUUCCCAACAUAUAUUUAUUCAUAUAAUUCCCCAAGGUACCCCAACAGCUUUAAUACCAUUUAUAGUAUUAAUUGAAACAAUUAGAAAUAUUAUUCGACCUGGAACCUUAGCAGUACGAUUAACUGCAAAUAUAAUUGCUGGACAUCUUUUAAUAACUCUUUUAAGAAGAACUAGAUCUAAUAUCCCUUCAUCCUUAAUUUUUAUUUUAAUUAGUAUUCAAAUUUUAUUAUUAACUUUAGAGUCAGCAGUAGCUGUUAUCCAAUCUUAUGUUAUUGCAAUUUUAAGAACAUUAUAUUCUAGAGAAGUAAACUAAUGAAAAACAUACAUAACCACCCUUUUCACUUAGUUGAUUAUAGUCCAUGACCUUUAACAAGAGCAAUCGGUGUAAUAACUCUUGUUUCAGGAAUAAUUAAAUGAUUCCAUAAUUUUAAUUCAAACUUAUUAAUUUUAGGGUAUAUUAUUACACUUUUAUCUAUAUAUCAAUGAUGACGAGAUAUUUCUCGAGAAGGUACUUUUCAAGGUAAACAUACUAUCUUAGUCUCUAAAGGUUUACGUUGAGGAAUAAUUUUAUUUAUUGUUUCAGAAAUCUUUUUUUUUGUAUCUUUUUUUUGAGCUUUUUUUCAUAGAAGACUAUCCCCUAAUAUUGAAAUUGGGGCUAUUUGACCACCAAUAGGAAUUAUUCCUUUUAAUCCAUUUCAAAUCCCUUUACUUAAUACAAUCAUUUUAAUCUCCUCAGGAGUAACAGUAACAUGAGCUCAUCAUGCAUUAAUAGAAAAUAACUUUUCACAAACUUUUCAAGGACUUCUAAUUACAAUUAUUUUAGGAAUUUAUUUUACAAUUCUCCAAGCAUAUGAAUAUCUAGAAGCACCUUUCUCUAUUGCAGAUAGAAUUUAUGGUUCAACAUUUUUCAUAGCAACUGGAUUUCAUGGACUUCAUGUUAUCAUCGGAACAAUUUUCCUUUUUAUCUGCUUAAUCCGUCACUCAUAUAAUCAUUUCUCAAAUAAACAUCAUUUUGGAUUUGAAGCUGCAGCCUGAUAUUGACAUUUUGUUGAUGUUGUUUGACUUUUCUUAUAUAUCUCUAUCUAUUGAUGAGGAAAUUAACUUA